CGGAAUUUGAAUAAAGAAGAAGAAGAAGAAACCAAAGAAGAAGAACUAGACAAAGAAAACGAAACAAGUUGGCGUUUUUGAUAGUGAACACGUUUUUAUGUUUAGUCAUUAAUCUUUUGCGUUCCUAAUCAGUGCGUACAUGUACACUUGUACGUCGUGCAACAAAGUGCACAUGAUUUUAUAAUUGAGUCCGGGUACAUUAGUGUAAGGGACUUUUGCCUUUUAUUAGACUAGCUUAGCUUGCCAGCUGCUAAUAAAAAGACUGAAGAAACUCAUCAUCGCUAAGAAGAGAUAAAAGUGUUGGGAUUGUGUGAAAAUGUGCGAAAGAACGACAGCGGAGUACGAGGAGGAACUUUGUCCAACCAAAGAGGAGAAGGAGCGACAACAUCAACGACUCGACGCUGUUUUCAAGACGCAUGGAGUUGUUUCGUCAGACAUCCAGCAGCCCAUUCACAUUAAAGAGGAAGAGGAGGAACCACAUCCCCCCCACAUUAAAGAAGAGGGAGAACUGUGGACCACUCAGGAGGGAGAGUGUCUUCUAGGGCAGGAGGAGGCUGAUCUCACCAAGUUUCCAUUGACUGGUGUCUCUGUGAAGACUGAAGAGCAUGAAGACAAACCACCUGAGUCCUCACAGCUUCACAGCUUCAACCAGGACGCUCAGCAGCCCGCCCACAUAAAGAAGGAAGAGGAGGAACCACAGCACCCCCACAUUAAAGAGGAAGAGGAGGAAUGUAGGACCACUCAAGAGGGAGAGUGUCUUCUAGGGCAGGAGGAGGCUGAUCUCACCAAGUUUCCACUGACUGUUGUCUCUGUGAAGACUGAAGAGCAUGAAGACAAACCACCUGAGUCCUCACAGCUUCAUCACAGUCCAGACGUCCAGCAGCUGAUUGGUCGCCAAGAAGGACGUCCCCUUCUGCUACAGCGAGGGAGCUCCACGCUGGAGCAGGAAGCCUCACAGUCCUCUCACGUUAAAGAGGAGGGGGAGGAACUCUGGACCACUCAGGAGGAAGAGUGUCUUCUAGGGCAGGAGGAGGCUGAUCUCACCAAGUUUCCACUGACUGUUGUCUCUGUGAAGACUGAAGACCACGAAGACAAACCACCUGAGUCCGCACAGCUUCAUCACAGUCCAGGUGAGGAGAAGAUAGAGGUGGAGCCUUCAAGUAGCAGCUCGACACAACACUCUGUCGACCACUGUGGAGGAUCACAAGCAGACAACCUUUUAGCUCCACUGUCAGAUAUUGACGACACAAGGUCACACUGUCCUGAAGAUGAAGACCGGGACGACGCCCAAGAGAUUUUGAGCAGCGAUACAGACUCUGAAGUUUUUUCCAUAACGGAAGCCGUAAAGGAAGCGGUCUGGUCCUAUUUACCGGGCCUGCCUGACGACCUGCUGACUAUUAUACUCCACGAGGCCGGCGUGAAGUGCAUGGAGGAUCUCCGCUUGGUGGAGGAGAAAGAUCUGCUCAAAUAUCUGCAACCGACUCAGUGUCGAAAACUGCUGGAGGGCCUCAAGCAAGGCUUUUUCCCACUUCAUCUGCAACCGGUUUCUCCAAGAACGCCAACAUUUUCCAGCACACUUUCACACUCGUCAGGCAGUUUGAGCUCUUCCAGUUCGCUGGCAGGGCCUUGCAGACCCUGGCAUGCAGACUUCCGGGUGGACUGGGACCAGAUGCCGCCGGCGAUCCGGAGUGCGGUGGAAAAUGAAAGAAGACCAUCGGCGCAGGACCGAAAAGCCAUGGUCACCAUGGUGGUGGACCAGAUGAUGCGGCACGACCGCAACCCCACCAGAGCCAUGUGUCACAGCGUCAUUCGGGGCAUCGUGAGGAGCUUCCCCAAGAGCUUUGCUGACGUGGGGAGGCACGGCGAACUGGUGGGAGACGGCUGCCACUCCCUGCUUCAGCAGAUCAAAACAAGAGUGGAGUACAUGAACAGAAAUAAUACUCUGGCACGGCGACGCCGGCAGAAAAGGCAGCGGGCGGGCGUGUCGGCGGAGGCCAGAACGUUUGCAAGGAGACCGACUGAUCAAUACGGAUGUGUGAGGUGGUGUCCUGUGGAGCUCCCAGAGGGAGAGACCGAAGACACGUUGGACGCCGUCAAACGGCUCCUUCGUGACAUCCACUCGGCGGAAGGGAUGAGCGCGGCCGAGAGAGCGGCGCCUCUGAUGGAGAAGACCUACGUCAUCCUGCGUCGCUACCUCAAUGGCACCCCUGCGCCGACUAUGGCGGACGUCAAGGAAGAAUGGCCCUUUCUUUUCUCCCUCAGAGGUUUUUACUCCCAUUUUUAUCUGCUGACUGACAUCCGCAUCCUCUCAAAGUUACAAGAGGCCCUGUGCCACAAAGGCAGCACGCUUCUGCGCUUCUGCCAACAAUACCACCAUCAGGGGGUCAGGGAGGUCCUGGCACGCUUCCAGCCGGAGACUUGCGACAAGACCGCGUGUGUCCUCCUGCUCCUGCUGGCGUAUUUUACCGAGCCCACUGCAGCCAUCAUGCUCCAGACCGACAUGUGCACCACCGCUGCUGAUGUGCAGGCUAUGGUGGAGCUACCAAGCACACCUUGCUUGGUAGUCCAAGGGGACGUUCUGAAGCCGUCGGCUUGGAUGCUCUGCGUUGACCGACGAGUGGUGAUGGGCCCGCACUCCAACUUUCUUCACGGGGUCGCUUCGGUCUUUGCCAGCUACUACAUCUUCAACUUGGAGUACCCCGUGGACGGCUCGUGCACCCUGGAAUUCAUCCAAAGGUGCUUCUUGGGCAUCAACCCAGAAAAAGGUGCAAAGUCCCAGAAAAGACGCGCCGGCAACAUGAACGCACAAAUCAGCUCCCUUUUCCGGAAGCUGCUGGAUUUUGAAUGGUCAGCAUGAAAGGAUGCGGUCCCUGGUCAGGCAGGACCUUUGGUCAACUUGUUGGCUUCCACCAGUUUUCUCCCAAGUGGGGUUGCGGGGGCAGCAGCCAAAGCAGAAGCCCGGACUUCCCUCUGCCCAGAGACUUUGUCCAGUUCUUUGCGGGUCAACUUGUUUUGUUAAUGGAGCCUCGCAGCUAAGUCCUUUAUGCUAUUGUGUAGCAAAAUAACUUUCUUGUGUUACGUUAACACACUGCUGCCUUUUCACAUUAAAAGUCUGCUUUUGGUCUGGAAUACAUUUCUAAAUAUAUGACAAUUAUUUCUCAAACUAAAGCAACUUAUGUAUGAAAUACAAUAAUAAUUAUAACUGAUACU